AUGUAUCUUCCCGCGCACGAGACAACAUUCAUCGUUGGCUCAAGCGGUUCCGGCAAGUCCACGCUCGGUGCAAUCUUAAUGAGGGGUUUACAAUCCAACCUCUGGCUCGCUGGUGUGGCUCAGGGCGCAGCAUCUGCACUUGUCUUCCAUGGAAGCCUCCACGAGAACGUGGCCCUUGCCACCGUAGGAAGAGGCAAACGAACGGAGGAUGUUACCAGAGGAGAAGUGGAAGAGGCAUGUAGAGUUGCGAUGCUCGAGUCUUGGGUGACGGAUCUAGACCAAGGCUAUGAGCGGCAUUGGUGCAGAAGGCAUUCAGUUGACGACAUCACUUUGCCUUCCAAUCGUCAUCGAUCCCUGAGCAGUUGUAUCUGCACAGGAUUGAUUGCUAUCUCGACUGCUGUAAUCACGGUUGUCAUAUUUGCAUCAGUGUUUAACGCUUGCAACAACCUCUUGGAUCCAAAUGUUCGAGAGCGCAUUUGCAAGAAAUGGGAUAUCGAGCUCCGCCACCACGAGGAAGAUGUACUCAAGCACGCUGAUACCAAACAGCAAUGGGGACUUGAAGACAAGGAAAGAAUCUGUCUCCGCCAACAAUGGGAGAGGGAAGCGGAAGAACACAAACGUGAAGUGGAGCAGAGGCAGAGGUGCGAAGAAGAAGAACGCUUACGAUUGAAUAUGUUUUGCACAUCAUACGACACUCAAGAGUACACUGCCUGA